CAGCCGCAGGCGCCGAGCCUCCGUCCCUCUCUUUACUGGGCCCAGGCCUUUGUCACCGCGCGCGUGCAGAGCGGAACCGCUCAAAGGAGCCGGACAGAGCGAAAGCCAGCCCCACAGGUUCACCCGCCGGGCCGAGGGCGCCAGAGCGGGGCCAUGUCUUACCAGGGCAAGAAGAGCAUUCCGCACAUCACGAGUGACCGGCUCCUCAUCAAAGGUGGACGGAUCAUUAACGAUGACCAGUCCUUCUAUGCCGACGUCUACCUGGAAGACGGACUCAUAAAACAAAUCGGGGAGAACUUGAUCGUUCCUGGCGGAGUGAAGACCAUCGAGGCCAAUGGGCGGAUGGUUGUUCCUGGAGGUAUUGAUGUCAACACGUACCUGCAGAAGCCCUCCCAGGGGAUGACGGCCGCCGACGACUUCUUCCAGGGGACCAAGGCAGCGCUGGCCGGUGGGACCACGAUGAUCAUUGACCAUGUUGUCCCUGAACCGGGGUCCAGCCUGCUGACCUCCUUUGAGAAAUGGCACGAAGCAGCUGACACCAAAUCCUGUUGCGACUACUCCCUGCACGUGGACAUCACCAGCUGGUGCGAUGGCGUUCGGGAGGAGCUGGAAGUGCUGGUGCAGGACAAAGGCGUCAAUUCCUUCCAAGUCUACAUGGCCUAUAAGGAUCUCUACCAGAUGUCUGAUAGCCAGCUCUACGAAGCCUUCACCUUCCUUAAGGGGCUGGGAGCUGUGAUCUUGGUCCACGCAGAAAAUGGAGAUUUGAUAGCUCAGGAACAAAAGCGGAUCUUAGAGAUGGGCAUCACGGGUCCUGAGGGCCAUGCUCUGAGCAGACCCGAAGAGCUGGAGGCCGAGGCUGUGUUCCGGGCCAUCACCAUCGCGGGCCGGAUCAACUGCCCCGUGUACAUCACCAAGGUGAUGAGCAGGAGCGCGGCCGACAUCAUCACCUUGGCCAGAAAGAAAGGCCCCCUCGUUUUUGGCGAGCCCAUCGCUGCCAGUCUGGGGACCGAUGGCACCCAUUACUGGAGCAAGAACUGGGCCAAGGCGGCGGCCUUUGUGACCUCCCCUCCCCUGAGCCCGGACCCCACCACACCUGACUACUUGACCUCCCUGCUGGCCUGUGGAGACCUGCAGGUCACGGGCAGCGGACACUGUCCCUACAGCACUGCCCAGAAGGCGGUGGGCAAGGACAACUUCACUCUCAUCCCCGAGGGUGUCAACGGGAUAGAGGAGCGGAUGACCGUGGUCUGGGACAAGGCAGUGGCUACUGGCAAAAUGGAUGAGAACCAGUUUGUUGCUGUCACCAGCACCAAUGCAGCCAAGAUCUUUAACCUGUACCCCAGAAAAGGGCGGAUUGCCGUGGGCUCGGACGCUGACGUGGUCAUCUGGGACCCUGACAAGGUGAAGACCAUCACAGCCAAGAGUCACAAGUCGGCGGUGGAGUACAACAUCUUCGAAGGCAUGGAGUGCCACGGCGCCCCGCUGGUGGUCAUCAGCCAGGGCAAGGUCGUCUUCGAGGACGGCAGUGUCAACGUCAACAAGGGCAUGGGCCGCUUCAUCCCGCGGAAGCCCUUCCCCGAGUACCUCUACCAGCGCGUCAGGAUCAGGAACAAGGUUUCUGGGUUGCAAGGGGUCCCCAGGGGCAUGUAUGACGGUCCCGUGUACGAGGUGCCGGCCACACCCAAGUACGCAACGCCGGCUCCUUCCGCCAAGUCCUCGCCUUCCAAACACCAGCCUCCGCCCAUCAGAAACCUCCACCAGUCCAACUUCAGUUUAUCAGGUGCCCAGAUAGAUGACAACAACCCCCGGCGCACCGGCCACCGCAUCGUGGCGCCCCCUGGUGGCCGCUCCAACAUCACCAGCCUCGGGUGAAGGCCGGGAGAGGAGGAGCCCGCGUGAAGGAUUCUGGGAAGGACGGGCAUCCCUUUCCCUGUCCGUGUUUGGAAACCCACAGUUGUAUUUGGUACUGAUGGGGGGAAACUGAAAUGUUCUUUCCUUUUCUGUUUAGGAAGAAGUGGUACUAGUGUGGUGUGUUUGCUUGGAAACCCCUUGCCCACAGUUGUGUGUCCAUCUGAGUCCACCUCAGAGCAUGGCGUCUUCAGGCCCCCCCUUAGUGAACACAGGUCCUAGCAUCGCCUCGUACUGUCCCUCCCGUUCUGACGCCACGGGCUCCACGGUUCUCUGAGUGGCUCCCUUGCACCCCCGUAGCUGUUCUAGGAUAGUUGAUGCAUGUUACUAAGUUAUGUAUGCGAGUCUGUGAGUGUGACCGACGGAACGUGGCCAAGGACUGAUGGGGACACGCUGCCGAGACCUCAAGCCCUCGGGGGCAGCUCCAAAACUCACAGAAGAUGUGUCCUCAUCGCCCCACCCACCCCGGGUCUACACGGGAAGGAAACCCACCCCACCACACCCCCACUGCAUCACUCACGUCCUGUGUCAGGAACCCCGGUCUCCGUGGCCCCUGUAACUCACCACGACGUCUUUGCAGUCUGUGUGUGUCCUUCCAGCCCGCUCGGGACUGCAGGCCGAGCCAGGUGCACACUCAGAAAGGGCUGGCGAAGGCGGGGUGGCAGCUGUCCCCUGUGCCUGUGUCCUGAUCCCUCCAAGGCGGCUGACGGGCCGGUCAGAUUUUUACAGUUUUGUACAUAGUUUUCCUUUGUAAUCACCCCCAUUUUUACUUAACAACUGACUUACUGUGGCUCUUAUUUCUGAAAUCAAAGCUUGUGAAAAAAAAUAAAGAAAUGGCCCGCUCCCUGA